UUCUACAGAACGUUCUAGAACAACUGAGAAAUAAAGUCUUCUCGAUAUAGUUGUGCUCGACCGAGCUCGCAUCGACUUUUCUUAAAAGCGCCGCAUUAUAUGUCGUAAUAGCCAUUUUUAAUCGUAAAACGUUUAUAAAGAAUACUUGACUACAUUGAGAAUCUAUUUUAUUUAACUCAAAUAAAGAACAAUCAUGGUUAAAGAAACUACAUAUUAUGAUGUGCUGGGUGUAAAACCAGGCUGUACACCUGAAGAUUUAAAGAAAGCAUAUAGAAAAUUGGCCCUUAAAUAUCAUCCUGACAAAAAUCCAAAUGAAGGAGAAAGGUUCAAACUUAUUUCACAGGCUUAUGAAGUGCUUUCUGAUCCUGCUAAGAAAAGUAUAUAUGACCAAGGUGGAGAACAAGCUCUUAAAGAAGGCGGAACUGGUGGUGGAGGAUUUAGCAGCCCCAUGGAUCUUUUCGAUAUGUUCUUUGGUGGAGGAUUUUCUGGUGGACGAGGUGGAAGAAGGCGUGAGCGUCGUGGCAAAGAUGUCAUUCAUCAGUUGCCUGUGUCUUUAGAAGAACUCUACAAAGGAGCUGUUCGAAAAUUGGCUUUACAAAAGAGUGUUAUUUGUGACAAGUGUGAAGGUCGGGGUGGCAAAAAAGGUGCAGUGGAACAAUGCCCAACUUGUCGUGGUACUGGCAUGCAGGUUCAAAUACAACAACUCGGACCAGGAAUGAUACAGCAGAUUCAAUCUGUUUGCUCUGAAUGUCGUGGAUCUGGUGAGAGAAUUAAUCCUAAAGAUCGCUGCAAACAAUGUCAAGGUCGCAAAACAACAAGAGAAAGAAAGAUCCUGGAAGUCCAUGUUGACAAAGGUAUGACUGAUGGACAGAAAAUUGUAUUUGCUGGUGAGGGUGAUCAAGAACCUGAACUGGAACCAGGAGAUAUAGUAAUCGUUCUUGAUGAAAAAGAUCAUCCGACCUUCAAGCGUUCAGGAAGUGAUUUGAUUCUUAGAAUGAAUAUCCAACUUGUCGAGGCUCUUUGUGGUUUCCAAAAGGUGGUCAAAACUUUAGAUGAUCGUGAUUUAGUAAUGACAUGCUUGCCUGGAGAAGUCAUAAAACAUGGUGAUGUAAAGUGUGUACUUAAUGAAGGCAUGCCACAAUAUAAAAAUCCUUUUGAAAAAGGACGUUUGAUUGUACAGUUUCUGGUUACAUUCCCCAACGUUAUUCCUCCAGAAAUGGUUGCAGCUUUAGAGAGAUGUCUUCCACCACGACCAGUAGUUGAGAUUCCUCCUGGUGCUGAAGAAUGUAUGCUUAUUGACAUGGACCCAGAACAAGAGGCACGAAGACGUAGUCAUAAAAAUGCAUAUGAUGAAGAUGAUGAGGGAGGCCCUGGAGCAAACAGAGUUCAAUGUGCCACGAGUUAAAUCGUAGUAACUUAGGGCAUUGUUUUAAAGUAUUGUCUAACACUAUUUAUAUAAUUUUCCUACGAUGAUAACAUGAGAUUUAUGUCAUCUAUCAUAUUUAUCAUAUUGAUACUUGGUUAGGGUUUUACAUUGCACAAUUAUUUGUGACUUUGUAAUUACACAGAUGAAA